AUGUUUGGUAUCUACACCAUCACCUUGUCAUCACGUGAUGAUGUCGCGCGUAACGCGUGUUUGUUGACGGGAUCAGCUUGGGACCACAGCAUCAUCUCCUCGAGGUCGACAUUUAAAGACGUGGCGACUCUACAUUUUAGACACAAGAAUAACAUGGACGACAACGGAGAUAUUCCAGUCUACUCCGAACGUCAUCUUGCGCUAUUCCAACGUGUCAAAGAUGCUUUGGACGAUCUUCCUGUGUUGCAUAAUUCCGCCAUUCCAAAGGACGAAUCCUGCGCCAUAUGUCUCACUCCCUUUGAUGCCAUACUUGCUGGUGAGGUGCCCCAGGAAGGAGAAGGAGAAUUUGAAGAUGGUGUGACAAAGGUAGUGGGUUGCGGCCACUUGUUCUGUCGGAAGGACUUAUCAGAGUGGAUACGAAAUUUUCACGGCAGUUGUCCAACAUGUCGACAUCCUUUUCUGGAUAUAAAACCGUACACCGAAUCUGACGCAGAAUCCUCUGAUGAUGAAUAUUUUCCUGACGAUGAUGAAGAUGAAGAAGACGACUUCUUCGGAAUGGAUGAGUUCGACGACGAACUGGAGGUGGAGGAGAUGGAAGUAGACCUGGAUGACAUUUGGGGUUAUGUUGACUUGCAUGGUGGUGAUGAGUCUGACGAUGAGAAAGAGCAUGCUGAGCCGGUUAUAAACGGUCUGCUCGAAGAUGAUCACGAACAAGUCUGUGGCACAUCUGAUGUUGACACUGGUGUGGAAGCGGACGCUAUUUGCGACGAUCCCUCUCCACGCGAUAAAUAA